AUGGCAACUCUUGCGGGGAAGACAGUCCUUGUUGUCGGCGGUUCCUCAGGCAUAGGGUACGGCGUUGCGAAAGCCUCUCUUAUUUCGCGUGCUUCCCGUGUCAUUAUUGCUUCCUCUACCCCAGCGAAACUGGAGUCUGCGCUUGGAAGACUGAGGAAGGAUGUCUCUGCUUCUGGAGCAACCGUAGAGGGAUCAGUGGAAGGUGAAGUGGUGGACGCGAGAAGUUCAGACUCUAUAAGGGCUUUGCUUGCCAAAGUCGGUGAGGUGGAUCAUCUUGUAUGGACGAGUGGUGAUGGUCUCCGUCUUGGUUUCCCGGACAUGGACCUCGAUAAGAAUAGAGAUGUCUUCGACGUGCGCUUCUGGGGAGCAUUCACUGCAGCGCAAGCUGCCAAGAUCAAACCUGGAGGAUCAAUCACGUUCACUGUUGGUGCUGUUCUCGCGAAGCCUCGUAAAGGCUGGUCUCUCGCUGCAGGGAUGAUGGGUGCCGUUGAUUCGCUCACUCGUGGUCUCGCGGUCGACCUUGCUCCUAUUCGCGUUAACGCUGUUAGUCCUGGUGUUGUCAAGACAGAACUUUGGGAGAUUUUCCCCCGUGAGGUGGCGGAGAAGUCAUUUGAAGAUGCUGCAAAGGUACUUCCUGUGCAACAUGUCGCUGAUCCUGAUGAAAUUGCGGAGGUGUACCUCUGCCUCAUGAAGUGCGGCUUCAUUACGGGCCAGCGCAUUGAAGCUGAUGGUGGUGUAAGAUUCACUUGA